UGCUGACCAGUGGGUCUCCAGGACCUUUCCAUGACUAAACCAAAUUUCCAUGAUUAAACAUUUUGUGAAAACUCUGUCUAUACGUGACAAAGUGAGAAGAUGUAGUAUUUAAACUAACAAUGAGAAUUCCAAAGCAUACCGUAUCUAUACCGUGUAAAUUAACAUUUGAAUAAAACAAAUUUGCAUGACUUUUCCAAAUAUUUUGGGAUUUUAUUUUUUUCAAUUACUUUUCUAGGCCUGCUAAUAGCCAUUUAAAAAUUCCAUGACUUUUCCAGGUUUUCCAUGACCGUACGGACCCUGUUUUGAAUAAAGGGUUGAAAAUUAAAGUUUUUUUAUCCGAUUAAUCGAUAAAAUAAUCAACCGAUUAAUCGAUUAUCAAAAUAAUCGUUAGUUGCAGCCCUAGUUAAUUCACAGCCAAAGGAGGGUCGAUAAGGGGUGACGGUUAGUAUUUUGCUCUUGUCAAACUGGACGUGUUUAAGAUAUCUAUUGUUUGUAUGUUGUUCUACGACUGUGGUCUCUGUCUUGUAUUUAUCUAUGUUAGCAUGACUUAACGUGCAGUGGCUGUUUUCAUGUCGUCUUAAGAGUUACAUUCUCAUUUCAGAGCUAGAUCACAGCAGCAUGACCAUUUCAACAAGGACGUAAUAUUACUUCCCAAUCCAUCAUGGGGAAUAGUGUGCAAACAAAAUCCAAAAUUAUGGUUACACAAACAUGGGCACAUCCUCAGUGCCUUUGAAUUCCAGAAGGCCUGGGACCACCAGACUGUUGUGGAAUGCAUCAGAGAUGGUUUUGGUGUGCACAUUCCAGAGGAUGUCAGCCUCCAGUUUCUAAUGGCUUGUGGCAAUAAGCUGGUGUCCCCUAAACUCCAGGAGGGCCAGGAGCUGAAUGGAAUGCUAAUCCAUAAGAUUUUUAAAACCAAAGGCCUGUAUGUGAGACCAUCAAGGACCAUUUUAACUGACUCAGAUGAAGAAAAUGAAUGUUCCAACAUCACUACCAGAUCAACAUUAAGCAGUUGUGCAACUGCUAAGGACCAGGAUGAUGACUGUUUGGAAGUUUAUGGUUCACAAAUCCACACUGGCAGACCUAGCACCACCAGGGUUGCUACAAGAGCAAUGAGAAGUAGGGAUGACCCCUGUACUAGCAGUCAGGAUGGAGAUGGAAACCCUGGCACUGGCAGUGGUGAUGAACAUGGCUAUGGCAUCACACACGCCACCAGAAGUGUUGUUAGAAGGCGUACAGCAAUGCAAGGAAGUGGCACUAGUGGUCACGAUGGAGGCUGUCUUGCAAGAAGUGAUGGCAACCCUGGCACAAGCGGUGAUGAUGGAGGCAGCCUUGCAAGAAGUGAUGGCAACCCUGGCACAAGCGGUGAUGAUGGAGGCAGCCUUGCAAGAAGUGAUGGCAACCCUGGCACAAGUGGUGAAGAUGGUGACUACUCUUCAUAUUUGAGACUUAUGGCUGCUCUUCCUGAUGACUCUUCAGAUGAUGAGGAGUUCAACCAGGCUAUAAUUGCCAGUAUGGAGAGUCAAAUUGUAGAAAAGGUCCCGGUUCAAGAGAUACUGCUGGAACUCUCAAGCAAAAUCAACACAAAGCAACAGUGCAAAUUUAAUAUAAAUCGCUCUGCUGUCUGGGAGGGAGCCGUGCGAGGAUUUCAAAGGGUGUCCUAUAACCCCAACUUGAUGAUCUGCGUGAAAUUCUCAGAUGACAUGGGGAGAAAUGAGGAAGGGAUUGAUUUAGGAGGGCCAAGGAGGGAAUUCUUGAGGCUGCUGAUGGAGACCAUGGCCAGGUCACCCAUGUUUGAGGGGAAAGAAAACAGCAAGAACUUGGCUCUUGACAGUGCUGCUCUAAGAGAGGACCGGUACUACACAGCUGGCAGAGCCAUUGCUGUAAGCUUGGUACAUGGUGGUCCGCCACCAAACUUCCUCUCGCCAACAAUAUUUUCUCUUCUGGUUGAUGGUUCAGCAAAGCCAGUGCUAGACGACAUAGCUGACAAUGAACUUUUGGAAAAAGUAAAAAAGGUAUCUGAAAGUACAACCCUUGAGGACCUUGAGAUGACAACGGCACCUCUGCUUGACUACUUGGCCAAUGCAGGAUGUCUGAGGCCUAUGCGCUCUAUAAGAGACAGGGAUUUGCUGGUACAUGACAUUGUCAUGUUCCAGAUCAUCCACAGGGUUCAAGGUCCAUUUCAAAGGUAUUCAGAGGUGUUGGUUGUUUGCAGUCAGAUUAAUCAGAGUAGCAAUCAGAAUUUUACCCAUAGACCAACUAAAUCUAUUAUUUGUAUAUAAAACUAAGUAAAUUUACAAUGCACAAGUGAAUUAGGAACCCUAAUUAAAUUCUUCAA